UGAAAAAAGGAAUAAGGUUUCUUCCUGGGUUUUGAUUCCCCCACACUGCGUGCGCCGAGCUCUCAAGAAUACACUGCAUUCUAUUUCGAGCUCACGCUGAGUAAGGCGAACCGCACUCCACUUGCGAUGGUCCUGACACGAAGCUGCACUCCUUUAAAUAAAAAAGUAAAAUAACUUCCACUGGGUUUUUUACAUUUUAUUUUAUUUUUUGGCUGACAAAAUGGAGACUCAUAUGCAAGAGGACGGAGACCGGAUCGAUCCAGAGAUUCAGGACGAUGGGACAGAGGCUGCCAAUAUAGUCGACGAAGAGGUUGAGGAACUUCACAACAGUUUAAAGGAAGUUGUCCAAGAUCCAGCUGUAAAACCAAAGUUUCAGUGUCUGAUGGUGGACCCAUCAUUCUCCAUGGUGACGGUGCAGAGUGAGGACAGCGGGAUUGUUUGGGAGACUGCAUCAAGCAGAUGUUCAACACCAUGGGCCUCAGAAGCAAGCUCUCCAUCAGAUUCAUUCAGCCUGGAGGGUUCGGGGACACAGGGUAAUAUAGUUAUCAUUAUGGAUGAAGACAAGGUGAGAAGAAGGAAAACCAGCAGCAGAGGGAAGCUGGGAGACAGGUUUCGCCGCCCAGGCUCCAGAUUGUCAGGCGCUGCAAUAGGAGAGGAGAGACCUGCAAUGAUGGAGGUGUCAUUGCCAAAUAUAAGAUGUGAAGAUUCAGAGGAUGGUCAAACAGCAGAGGGAAAACCAGACAAGGAUCAAGAGCUUUUUAACCUGAUUUCUGAGGGCUUUGAAAUCCUUAAUAUUGUAGUACCUUCUAAACUUCCUACAGUGGACGAGGAAUGCAGUACAGAAUUGGCGGAUAAUUUGUCCUACUUGGAGGACACACCAAAGAUCAAAACUAAAUGCAAACAUCAAAGCCGAGUACCCACCACCAUUCCUGAGGUCAUAGACAAUCAGGAAAUUCAAGAUGAUCGUCAAAGCGGCUUAUCUCAGACCCCUGCUAAUAAGCAGCUAAAGAAAGAUGAAACUGAUAUGGACUACUUAGAGAAAUUCACACUGCUUGAUCAACAUGCAGCAGAUGGUAAGUCUAAGAGGGCUGAGUCUACACAAGAUACAGAGCAAGAGGAAACACAGAUGCCUGCAGAAGAACAAGAGGCAGAGGACUCAGUUGAUGAGGAUACCUUUGUCAUUGUCACUGAGGUCGAAAUUGCAGAUGAUCAUCUGGAUGAAGUGUUUUAUGGAGCAAGUUGCAACGCAGAACCUGAAUAUCAAUCGCACCAUAAAGAAGACAAGGAACAUGCAAGUGGAAGUGUAAAAAAACUCAAAGAGUGUGGUUCAGAUUUAUUGAGCCAGGAGACUAUCCUUACUCCUAUUUUUCUUCCUCCUGGUCCACCCAAGAUCAUAGAUCAAGAUCUCCUUGAUGAGCCGAGAGCCAUGUCCUUCCAUUACUCAGACCUUUAUGAGGAUGCCACUGGAGCCAUAAAAAGGGAUGAAGAUGCCUCUGACGUCGAAAGUGUUGUUUCUGAAAAGUCAUUUAAAAGACGCUUUUCUGAUUCAGAUGAUGGUGAUGGCUACCUGGAGAAAUUCAUAUUGAAAGAUGACACUCCAGUGGUCGAAGACCUACAUGACGUUGAUACUCCAGAGGGUGACCGAGUGAUUUGGCCACAAAAUAAAUUUGAAAUCACUGGAUGUUUAAUACGUGUUAAGGAAGAUGAUGCUCCUCAAAAAGAGGAUGCUGGUGCCAAUCAAGUGGAGAUAGAGAGCAAAGAUGUUAUUCAGGAUGAAUGCCAGCCUUCAUAUUCUGCACAGGACUGUGAAGGUUGUAAGGGACUAAAGACUGGUUGUAUGGCAGUUACAUGUGAAACUUUGGAGGGAUGUGAAGAUUGUGAUAUGAAAACUGGCUGUAAAUUCCCAAAAAUUGUCUUAUCUGACAAAAUUCCUUUGAAAGCAUAUAGGGAAUCAGAUAAAAUUAUGUCAAUUGAAGAUGGACAACAGAGCAAAGUUCUAGAAAUAAAGCUCAUGGAGAAACAGGGUUCUAGCAGUUUGGUAAACAAAGCAGAGACUGAUUUGCAUGAUAAACCUGAGGUCCUGCAGGAACAGCCAGUAAAAAAUUAUGAAAAAAAGGUGACUGAUAAGAUAGCUGAACUUCAAGAUACCAUUAUUAUCAACAAGGAAGAAGCAUCAGACCAGGGUCAGCAAGUUUCAUCUACAACACAAGAUAUAGCUAAACCUAAUUUAGUGAAUGAUAUACAUGAACAUGUAAAAGAUACAUCAGCAACAACUUUAGCUGAAGAAACUGAAUGUGUACAUCAAGAAAAGAUCUCCAAACUAAUAAAAAGUGAAGAUGUGACCAAGCACUCUGGUGAAACAAUUCCUGAACAAGUGAAAGUUCUUAAAGCAGAACCAGAAAGCAAAUCUGAAGUUCUCAAGAGUAAGAUAACACCUGAUGUAGUGGAAGGCCCGAAAGAUAAUGUAGCCCAGUCCAUUUUCCCUGAAAGUAAGAAGCAGGAGAAAGUCACUGACAAAAGCAUAGUACAAGAGACAAAAGGUGAUGAUGCAAGAGGAGCUCUGAACAGUGACAUCAAAGCUGAUAUUAAAACUAUAAGUGAACAGAAAGUUUUGGAGGAAUUAUUGGUAAAAGAUCUCCAAACUAGUAAAAGUGAAGAUGUGACCAAGCACUCUGGUGAAACAAUUCCUGAACAAGUGAAAGUUCUUAAAGCAGAACCAGAAAGCAAAUCUGAAGUUCUCAAGAGUAAGAUAACACCUGAUGUAGUGGAAGGCCCGAAAGAUAAUGUAGCCCAGUCCAUUUUCCCUGAAAGUAAGAAGCAGGAGAAAGUCACUGACAAAAGCAUAGUACAAGAGACAAAAGGUGAUGAUGCAAGAGGAGCUCUGAACAGUGACAUCAAAGCUGAUAUUAAAACUAUAAGUGAACAGAAAGUUUUGGAGGAAUUAUUGGUAAGCGACGCAGCUAGAAGUAAAGAGAAAGUUCAAGAAAUCAAGGUUGAAGCCACAGAAAAUAUAAAAGAACGGACUGAAAAAGACAUAGUGUUUGAUAGAAAGAUUUCAGACAGUGUAACAAGAGAGAGCACAGAAACAAUAGAUCCAGCCUCAGCGGUGGAAAGUUCAAAUAAUGCAGCCAAAUUUGUCGUUAAACCUGAAAAGUUUGAUAAAUUGGAGAAAAGCUCAGAGAUACCAACAAGUAAUGAUAAAUUCAUAGCGAUCUAUGGAGAACCCAAGGAGGCUGAAAGCGAUGUUGUAACAAUAAAACAAGAAAUUUCUGUAGCAUGUCCUGUUCCAGAAAUCACAGAAAGAGAUGUGGCAGAAGCAGUGGUCGAUGAGGAAGUAAGCAAGGAAGGAAACCUUAAGUUGACAGAUAUCAGUAUUUUAAACUCACAUGCUGAAAUUAAGAUGAUUCCACCCGUUCCUGCUACAAAAACAGAUGACUCAUGCCAUGUUAUUGCGCCACCACCUGUACGAAAGGAACAGGACGGUGAGAUGAGGGAGGUAGCAACAGGCAGAAGAAACUUAGAGACCACCGUUGAGGCCCUUAAACCUCUGUAUCCGUUAGCUUUAGAAAAAGUAGAUGGGGUCUCUAAAGUGGUACAAGAGGUGAAGGGAAAAAGUGAAAGUAAAUCGAAAAAAAUACUUCUAAAGGAUACACACAAAGAAGAGUUAUGGAGAACUCUGGAGUCUGCAAGUCCUUCCCCUCCAAUGGAAAAAGAGGACUUAACAAUGAGGACUUCACCUUUAGAAGAAGUUGAAUACAUUAAAGUAAAUGAUAACUCUGCUCUGGAGCUAAACAAAAAAAUGGAUAAAGGAUUUUCAACGUUACGUAGUUUCAGUCCACUGGAAGACCUCUCUGGGUUUUGCCAAGAUUUGGCAGAGCCAGAAUUGCAAAAGGAAAUAUACGAGGAGCUAGAUUAUGAGAUGGUCACUGAGCAAGAUGCAAGACAAUCAGAGUCUGAAGUAACUGCAGGUAAAGAAUAUAAGGAACGCUUUCAGGAUCAAGCUCUUGUGCCAACAACUGAAACAGACUAUGAGUUUAUCGAGGACUUGGAUGAUACCCAAAUAUCAGAGCUCAAGCAACUGGAGAAAAAAAAAGAAAUACAGCCAAUGGAUGCAUUCUGCCUUGUCUGCCAUUGCCCGAUAUUAGUGAGUGAUGGCGGCCAUGAAAAUCAUAAGGUGUCAACACUGGACAAAGCAUUCGAAGACAUUAAGGAUCAGUUGAGUAACUGGAUCUCAGUUUUACAAGAAAGAUCAGAAAAUAUUGAGGAUAUGGUAUCGGAACUUGAGCUGGCGUACAACUCUGUGGAGGAUAAGUGCAAGGAUGGUGAGAAAGUCUUAGAUGAGCAAAAUGAGGAGACAUUAAAGCUAGUGAUGGAGAGGUACAAUGAAAUGUCGCUGAGUAUGGAAGAGGAAAAGAAAGCCAAACUUGAGCAGCUUUACGAUCAAAUUGUGUCUUUCCAAGAGAACAAUGACUCUGCUAAAGAGGCAAUGGAGAUGACAACAAAGGAGAUGGAAGAGACAGAUGAGUUAGCAUUUUUGUUGUCAUACAAAGACAUUGAAAUGAGGUUAAAAACAGCUUUAGACUCGGCCAUGUCUCUAGAGCUUGGCCCACGAGGCUUGCUUGUAUUUGAAGAUUAUGCCAAAGGCACCACUGGAAAUGAGAAGAAAAACCGUCAAGUGAUUCCAGUGCCCCAGCAACCCCAUCUUCAGCUACAGGAGGCUAAUUCUGCCACAAGCACCUCCGUCACUGUGUACUGGACAGUAAAUGAAGGAGACAUCAUUGACUGUUUUCAGGUCUACUGCAUGGAAGAGCCUCAAGGAGCCAUCUCUGAGGAAUACAGAGUGACGGUGAAGGAGAGUCACUGUAAUCUAGAAGAGCUGGAGCCAGAUAAGUGCUAUAAGGUGUGGGUGAUGGCAGUGAACUACACUGGAUGCAGUCUGCCAAGCGAAAGACUUCCUUUCAGAACAGCCCCAUCUGUUCCAGUGAUUAACCCAGAAGCUUGCACAGUAUUGUGGGACUCCGCUACAAUCCGCUGGAGCUCAUCUCAGCCCAGUGCUGCAGAGACUUUCACACUAGAGUAUUGCCGCCAAUAUGCCCUUGAGGGAGAGGGUCUCAGGUCUGUGUCUGGGAUAAAAGGCUAUGAGCACAAGGUCCUCUUGCAGCCCAAUGAGAACUUCCUCUUUUACAUCAAAUCAGUGAACAGGGUUGGAGCCAGUGACCAGAGUGAGGCAGCUCUCAUCUCAACACGAGGUACCAGGUUCCACUUACUGAGUGAAACAGCUAAUAUUGUGCUUAAAAUUUCUGAGGACAAGAACUCUGUGCAGUAUCCUGUGAAAUCCUACAAUAAGAUGCCCACCCUUAUCGAAUGUCCAGCAGUGAGGGGCGAGCUCCUGCCGCAUGUUGGAUAUCACUACUGGGAAACAGUGGUAGCUGGCUGUACAGCCUACCGCAUUGGUGUUGCCUAUCAGACAGAACCACAAGACAGCACUGUAGGUGACAGCAGCACCUCCUGGUGUCUGCACUGUGUGCCCACAUCCAUCAGCUGUAGGUUCGAGCUGCUGCAUGACAACGUGGAAUCGGAUAUCUUUGUGACGAACGUUCCUGCUCGUAUCGGCACUCUGCUGGACUUCACGCAGGGCCGCUUGGUCUUCUUCAACGCUCUGAAUGGCCAGUGUCUGGGCUCAUUUCAGCAAGCCUUCAGCCAGCCCUGCUACCCUGUAUUUACCCUGGAGAGACCUGGCAACCUGGAGCUUAAGAUGACCACGGAGGUCCCAGAGUUUGCCAAGCACUGGUAGCACAGACAACGCUGGAUUUCUGGACAAUCCAUAUUUAUCUUCUUGGCCUUGGGAUCUGAAAUCUGUUACACUGUGUGUGUGUAAUGUUUAUUAGGUUCUUGGAAAGAAAUUUGAGAUUUUGCAUUUUCUCAAGGUUGAUAUACAUAUAUAUAUGUACAUGAUAUACAGUAUUUGGAAAAAAUCCAGCACUUCUACCUUUAAUUCAACCUAAUCUUUAUCUAAACAAAGAAUUGUACUGGGACAAGAACGAAAAACCAAUUGCCUGGAAUUAACAAUAAUCUUUAGUGUUAAAUUAUUUAUUGUUCUGACAAAAAGGAACCUUCUUUUGAAAAUAAAAAACCCAACAACUUUAUAAUAGAAGCCAUAAGGUUCUUGUUCAAUUCUAUGCAAAUAUAUAACACAAAUUCAAAACAUGACAUGAAUCAUGUUAUACCAAAGCUCUUGGGAAGGAGAAUUUUAUUGGAGGUUCCCGCAAAGGAGUUAUACAGUGCAAAGCAAUUCUUCUCACUUUUGUAUUGUUUUCAAAAAUUGCUAUUUAAAAGUAUUUUUUUAUUUUGUUUUAUUGAUUAAUGUGGUAUAAGGGUUUGUUACUUUUUUAGUUUUCUGUGUUGUAAAUAAGGAAAAGGUGAAUGUACACUAUCUAUUCUAUCAUUUAUCAUUACUAGAUGUAGCUUGUAGCAUUAGCAUUACUAAACGCAAUGGAGUGUAAGGUGUAUACUAUAGUAUGCAUAGUGUAUAGAAUAGUUUGCUGGAGUAUAGUGUUAUAGGAUAGUAGUAUUAUAGUAUAUACUUGUACAGAAUUAUAUUGCACAGCUAAUCACGAUCGCUAUCUUUUGCCUGCACCAUUGACAUCAUAGCUGACCAGUAGAUGCUGCUGUGGUCUUUGCAUUUGUUAUUUUUGUCCUUCUGCUCUGUUCAGGGGCAAAUUUCUCACUCGCUAAUUCCUACUCUCUUUUUUGUUCUUUAGCAACAUUUGAUUGCAGUCCCAUAUAUAAUCGUGUUAAUUUGCAGAUAUGUCUCUAAAAUGAUUACUGCCUUAUAUUUUCUAGAUGUCUUUAAUACACAAAAAAUCACAUUGUUGCUCUGUAGCCACAUAAUUGUGCAAUGGAGUGGAUACUUUUAGCAUUUAGUUUGAACGCCACAUAGUUUUUUGUAUUUUCACCCCAAAUCUCGAAUUUCGAGUAGUUUUUCCUGUUCACCUAUACAUUAAAAUGUUAUUGAAGUGUUUUUGCAUGUUGAAGCCUGGCUAUGCCGGUCUUUAUUUCUGUAUUGACAGUGAUUUAGUCAAAGUUCAUUUUACAGAUUCAAGAUAAGACGUCCGAAUGUACAUUUCCAACUAACAAGAAUAUAGAUUUUAUUUAUAUUUAUUCUUUUUAGUGAUUUGAUUACUAAUAUUCCCUUUUUUGCAUACACAAUGUAUUAUAUUGUUCAUAAACCCAACAUUUUCUUUUCUUGUAACCAGCUGUUAUUAAUCAUCAAUUUGUAAAGGUCUUUUUCUCUUUAUUUCUUUGUAACCGUAUGAAGCAAAAACAGACUAAAAGUGAUCCGUUUCAUUGACAGCUUGAAAAUGCUUAAAAAUACGAAUUUGAAUUGUUUCACAUGGAUUAUAGAUUGUAUAUUUAUAUGUUGUUUGUGAUUCAUAGGGAUUAAUCUCAGAGCAGUUCUAUACUUCCCUUUUUAUAGUUUUACAGUAUAAUUGCAGGUUUAUAGCGUGUUAAACUACCAUUCUAUUUACCACAAGAGGUCAUUGUGCUAUAAUGUGGGCCCUUGAAAAGUAGGCUUUAAUUCACUGUUUUGUUAAUGAGCCUUGAUUUUCACUAAUGACUUAUACAUUUGGAAUAAUAUAAGCUCCAAGCCAUGUGCAAGCAGAAAUCUGAGAUCACAGCUUUGAGAGCAGUUUACAGGCUGACAAAUAUCUGAUUUGAAAGCACACUUGGAUUUACUUAGUGAUUGUCUCUAGUGAAAUGUGCACAUAGAGCAAAAACAGAAUAAAAACCACACGCAGUAAUUCA